CUAAUGCUGGAGUCAACCCACUGACAUUCUCACACAUAGCUGGUAUAAAUUAAAGUAGUACGAAUAAUUUAAGUCUCAUCCCUAAAAUGUCACUGGCCAUUUUAAACAAAUUUUAUCUUCAUGGCUUUUUACAGACUAUGGAUUCCCUAAAAGGUAAAUAUAGGAAAAACAAUAUUAAGUGUAAAAAACAAUGUAUUGUAGAUGGAACUAGAUAAUAUAACAAUGUUUUAUCGUAUCGUCAUACAUUGCUACAUUGAUACUGCCCAGCUCUAACAAAACAUUUUCCAUUAGUUUCACUCAGCUUCUCAGUUAAAUGUACCACUGCAGUGUUUUAAAGUACGUGGGUGGAGGGAUCUCAGGCUCUGGUUUGUGCCAGACUUUACACGUUACAGGCUGUUUUCCAGCGUCAUAAUGAGCUUUAGCUAGCAGUGCAUUGUUCUGCGUUUGGCCCACUGACGAGCACUUUCACUGCUGUCCUCCUCACCAGCCAUUCAGCCUCGUUUACUGCUGGAAACAGACGGGCUUUGUUUGUGUGUGUGCGCACACUGAAAGAUGGCUGAUAAUGAAGGAAACGUGGCUGCCGUGUCCCUGGUGGAUGUGGAGGAUGAGGAGCUGCGGGAAGCUCUGGCAGUGCUGGCUGGCAGUGACCCCGACCAGUGCUCCUACCAGCAGGGAUACAUGAAAAGACAGGCUGUGUUUGCCUGUAAUACAUGUAGAACUGAAGGCAUGGAACCAACUGGAGUCUGCCUUGCAUGCGCUAACCACUGUCACGAUGGCCACGACAUCUUUGAACUGUAUACCAAAAGAAACUUUUGCUGUGACUGUGGGAAUAAGAAUUUUGGCACAUUUGAGUGCAAACUCAGUCCUAAAAAAGACAGUCAGAAUACCAAGAACGUGUAUAACCACAACUACUUUGGUCGGUACUGCUCAUGUGACCGGCCUUAUCCUGAUGAGGAUGAUCAGGUUGGUGAAGAAAUGAUUCAGUGCAUUAUAUGUGAAGACUGGUACCACUUAAAGCACCUUGGCUGUGCAGCAGUGGACUCCGAGGAGUUACUGGAGAUGGUGUGUGAGAGCUGUAUGAAUAAAGCUCCCUUCCUAUGGACAUAUGCUGCUUACUUUGCAACUCCUCCAGUUACCAGCAAAGAGAAUGAAGAUGUGACUACACCUAAUGUUGAGAAGGAAACGUCGUCAUAUCCAUGCAGGGAUGGGGGACAUGCUGAGCCGUCUACAAGCCAGGGCUGUAUAAAAAACCCCACUCUGCCUAAUGGAGAUAGAACUGAAAGCCAGAAGAGAACUCGUGAGGAGAUGGAGAGGCAUUCUUCAGCGUGCCAGUCUGAAGCUGCACUGUGUAAACUGAAGAAUCUUAAAACCAAAGGCUUGGUGAGGCCGAGGGUUGGAUCAGUGUUUUGGCCUUACUGCUGGCGGUCCAAACUUUGCACAUGUACAGAUUGUAAGAGAGCGUAUGUGGAAGCAGGUGUUCAGUUCUUGCUGGAUGAGUCGGACACUGUGCUUGCGUACGAGAACAAGGGCAAAUCGCUGCUGAGGGAAGACUUGCUCACGUCCUGCUUUAGCUCCCUGGAUCGCGUCCAACAACUUGAGAUCAUUUACCAGUUCAAUGAUAUGAAGGAUGAGCUACAUGCAUUCCUUCGGGAUUUGGCUGACCAGGGGAAGGAGGUGACCCCUGAGGCUAUCCACGCCUUUUUUGAAGAGCUUCAGGCAAAGAAAAGGAGACGAUCCAGUGCUGGACAGUACAACUGCAGCUGAACUGGUAUGAGUCAAGCCAUUACUGCAUUCCACAUCUUGGACAAGUUGCACCUUCUUCCAAAAAGUGUUCUAGUAACUAUUCUUUUGAACAAUAAAAAAAAAAAAUGCACAUUCAAAAGGGCUGCUGCUGCUGCUAAAGUGAGGUGUGUGUGUGUGUGUGUGAGUGUAAACCUGUUCCAUUGCAUUUCUCAAGCUGUUAGUGUUAUUCAUACCAUGCAUUUAACUUUUUAAGGUCAGUUAAUGGUCAGGCAAGGAAAAUGAAUUGCACUGAUGCCCUCAUUAGUUUGUUAGAGUUCCAAGGUUAUAGACCACUAAAAUUAUGCAUCAUAUUGUAGUCCUUAUUAUGCCCAUAUUUGUUACUCUGCGUCUAAACUUUUUAAUUUUCAAUGGCAAAAAUAUAUGGAGGUGUUAAAAAAAAUAGGCUCCAACAUAUUCUGUGGUAAAUAAUAGUUAUAUAUUUAUAUAAUGUUUAGGGUUUGUUCUGUGUACUUUUUUUCUCCUGAACAUCACUGGAUCCUCUAAAUGACGUUGUUUAGGAGUCAAAUUUUCUGAAAGUUGUUUUCCCCUCUUUAAUCCUUUAGUCAUGAUCAUGAUUAAAGAAGGAUGACAAACCAAAAAGUAAUAUGACUGUUAUGGGCAGCUUUACUUUGAAUGUAAGCAUGUAUUUGAACCCCCCCCUUCCCC